UCAACAUCUGCAAGAUGAAAUCCACAAAGUUCGAGCUUGAAAUUUUUGCAGAUAUGAAGAACAUCAAAUCUUUGGCUCCAAACGGAGGAGUCAACAAUGACGACAUGGGUUACUUCUUCAAGAUGAGAUGUGAGAAUUGUGGAGACAUGACUGGGGAGCAGUGUGCUUAUCUGAAAGAGAUGGUGAAGUAUAAGGGAAAGAUUUUUAACCUCAAGUUGAAGUGCAAGUUUUGUUCCCGGGAAGGGUUUGUGAGGUUGAUUCCCGGUUCUGGCACUGCUUUUACAGCUUUACACGCUGAAAGGAAGGUUUGGGCACCUCUAAUGGUGUUCGAGUGUCAUGGACUUGUUCCCGAAGAAUAUAACUUCAAUGGAGGCUGGAUGAUUGAAACUGAUGAAAAACCACCUCGGUUUGUUGAGGCUAACUUUGUCAGUGGAAAUUUUGUGGGAUCUGCUGAAGACUUUGGUAGCUGUAUUCCUUCUGUGACAAAGAUUGAAGGAAGGUUCGUGCAGAUGAAGGAUAAGUAGAUUUUCGUAAUUUUAGUUUUUAAUGAGCACUAUUUUAGUUGUUUUUAUAAUUGUAAUAGUAGUAUUAUUGCUGUUUUAGUAGACUUGCUGGUAAUGUGUUGAAGUGGAACAACACAUAAAUGGGGUGAUAUAUUCUCUUUUGUUGUUUUGAAUGGUUGAACUUAUCACUCUAAUUAAUCAAAUUAGGUUGACCUUUUCUAUUA